AUGCAUACUCUGAAAACUUAUUUUCUCAAUCUUAAUUUCUUUCAAUCAUCUAAUCCUAUUAAUCAACCAGAAGAGCAUGAACAUCGUUCAAACAUUAUUGCUACUCGAGUUUAUAUUAUUAUUUAUGGUAUAACUCUUUCUACUCUUAUUCUUUCUUUAUGGUUAAGUCCAAAAAUAAGUCAAGUUAUUCUUCAAUAUCCAACUCAAAAUCAAUUUCAAACAUUACCUAUUGAUACGCAAUGUCCAUGUUCUCGAAUUUCUUUAUCUUACGGUCAAUUUGUAUCCAUUCAAACAAGAUUUCAUCAAGUUUGUUCAAGUGAUUUUGUUUCUAAUCAAUGGAUUAUAGCUAUAUUUUAUGAUUCUGAUUCAACAUAUUUUCACCAAGCAGACUUUCGAACUAUUGGUAGUGCUCAGUUUCGUGCUCUAUCAAGUCUUUGUGAUUUAACAGAAACAAAUAUUCGUCAAAGUAUUGCAUCUUUUAAUAUGAGAUCAAUAAUCAGUCCCUAUGUUUUAUCUCAAUCAGCUAUUCAAUUAGAAGUACAAACUUCUAUUGAACAACUUCGAUUGACAACAUCUGAUACAUUUGUAAAACAAUUAGACUUUGUUCGAAAAAUGAUUAUUGGUAAUCAACUUCUUUCAGCAUUAGAAACAAAUAUAGUUCCUUUGUAUCUUCAAGUUUUUAAUAAAUCUCUGCAAUUGGGACAUUAUAUUAUAUAUAAUAUUUCCAAUGAUUCCUAUUGUGAUUGUCAAAUCAACGUUAACUGUCGAGUACCUUCAGGUAUUUUCAAGGAAUUUGAACAAUCUUUUACCAGUAUUGUCUUUCUCAACACCCGACUGAUGCUAAUGAAAAUUGAUGGAUUUUCAGCUGGUUGUAUGCCGAUGGAUUCAAUACUUCAAUCGACUCUUCAAUGUUUUUAUAAUCAGACA